AUGGGCCGGGAGGGGGCGGGCGGGGGCCGGAGGGGUAGGGAGGGGGGGGGGGCAGCCGGGAAGGGGGAGAAGGGGGCUCCCCGCGGGCUGAGGAGGGGCCGCCGCGGGGCCGGCGUGAGGCGAGGCGGUGAGGGAAAGGGGAAGCGGGGCCCGGCGGGGCGGGGUGAGCGGGGCGGGCGGUUCAACAGGUACAAAUGGUUCCUCCCCGCAGCACGGACGUGCAGAAGCGAACGCGCCGCGCCCGCCGCUGUCACCGCCGAGAGGGGGGUGGCGGGGGGGGGACAGCACCGGGAGGCGGGGCCUGGCUCGCCAUUGGGCGGCGCGGGGCGGGGGCGUGGCCGACGGGCGGGCGGGCGGAGCGGCGAUUGGCGGGCGCCGAGAGGGGCGGGGCGAGGGGCCGCGGCGCGCGGCGUGGGCCGGGCCGGGGCAGAAGGAGAAGUUGGCGGCGGCGACGGCGGCCGGGGGGAGCGCGGAGCUGCGCGGCCGCGGGGCGCAGGUGAGCGACGGGACGGGACGGGACGGGACGGGACGAGGCCGGGCCGGCGGGGAGGGCGCAGGGAGAGCCGCACCCCGCGAGAGCGGGCCGACCCCGGGAGGUGA